GUCACAUUAGUAUUUGUGCCGAAUAAUAUAGCUAGCGUCAUGUUUCGUAUACUUCUGAGUCUAUCGGCGUUUGUAUUCACAGUAAAUGGCUUCUGCUUUAGUGAUAUGGCGACAACAGAAAUCAAAAGUGAUGGUACGAUAGUAACUUAUUGCAAGUAUGGAGAACACAUCAUGCAGCCAGGCGACCAUAUCCGAACAGACGACUGUAUCGAAUGCACGUGUCAGAAUGCUAUGCUUUCGUGUUGCGGGUAUGGCAUCAAGAGUGGAUCAUUUGCACCACCUCCCGGAUGUGUUAUCAAAGCAGACGGCUGCAAGAUUCUGAUGGUCAAGGCUGAUGACGAGUCACGUGACUGCAUGACAGGGGAGAAACUUGCGAAUGUGCAGUAAACAAAUCCCAUUCCAACCACUUCUGUUACCACUAACUGUAACAUUAAAGCUUUCAAUAAAUAUUAAAUAACAAA